AUGCCGAGACGAAGGGAACUGCAGGCCGAGGACCUGGCCAGCGCGCUGCGGCACCUCGACGAGGAGUUCGAGGCGGGCGAGAGGCUGGCCAACGAGCAGACGUGGCACGCUGCCGAUCGCGACCUGCACGCUAUGCUACCGGAAGCGAGCCAGGAGGAGCUGAGGGAGACGACGUGGGAGGGUGGUCGCGGAGCAGCGUUGCGGGGGCGGGCGGUCCCGGUUCGGAUGCCGAAGCUGCUUCCCGGAGGCAGGCCGGUGCCGGUCUGCGUAGAGUGCGCGCGAUGGGCCGGGCGCGAGGGGGCGUCGCCGGCCAUGCACCUCCACGGGCGGCUCGGCUGCGAGCACGCGUACCCCGACGAGCUGAAGGACCUCACGCCGCUCGAGGAGAAGCUCAUCUCACUCAACUCGUGCUACGGCUUCGUGACGAAGUACAGCAUCCCGGGCGGUCAGAGGCAGAGCGUGAGGUACCCGAGGCACGUCAAGGGCCACAUUACCGUGUUCCCAAACGACGUGCAGGGCCUAGCCGCUAAGGUGCUGCCGCACCCGCUGCUCCGGGUCAUGGACGAGAUCCACGUCUCGUGGCAGGGUGCCGAGGCCCGGGCCGCGCGACCUAUCGGGCCUGCUGAGAACAAUCCGCUCUACGGCGAGGUCGAGAUCGACGCGGCGGAGAUGGCCAGCUGGGGGGCGCCGCCGCACGGGGUGCCGCCAGUGGUGUGCGAGCGGCUAGAGCGAAGCGAGCCGUCGGCGCGGGAGAGGACGCGGACGGCGCAGGUGGUGCCGCCGUCGGAGCGGGCCAUGGACGACGAGGGUGCGGUCGAGAUCGAGGAGGACGACGACGGGGACGGCGCUAGGCCCGAAGAGGACGGGGACGUAAUCAACGAGGUGACGUCUUCCGGCAUGUUCCCGUUGGACGGGGCGCCAGAGGUGGCCGAUGCUGAGAAGAUUCGCUUCGCCCGCGGUGCCGUCGGGCCCGAGGGAGCGCGCGCCGGCCCGAGGACGUGGGUAGGGACUGCGGCCCGAGAGGCGGAGGGCGAUGGCGGCGACGUCGAGCCGCACAUACAGGUGCGGCGCGGCGAGGAUUUCGCCGACUCGGCGGACGCCUCCUUCUUCGCAAAGGCCUUUCCGACCCUCGUCGGGAACCAGGGCACGCAGGCGGAGCGGGUCGCGGAGGGCCUUAUGUCGACGCGGAACAUGAAGCUCCAAGCAUGGGCCGACGUCGUGCUGCGGCGCCACGGCGGCCGGGUCGAGGGCCUGUUAAAGUCGUUAACGGCGCAGAGGCUCGAGGCGGCGAGGGUCGAGCUCGAGGCCACGGGCAAGACUAGCGACGACGGGGUAAAGGAGCUCCUCCGGUCCCUCUCCGUGUUCGGUUACCGGCAGCCGAUGUCGAGGGAGAGCCGCCUCAGUAUGCGGAAGAAGAUACUAUCCCUCAUCAUAAGGCACGGGGUGCCGGCCAUCUGGUUCACGCUGAACCCGAACGACAUCACGAACCUGGUAAAGUUGCGGCUGGCGGCACACCGCGGCCGCGACCCGGACGAGGCCGAGGCCUUCCUACGAGACCUAGGGACCGCGUAUAAGCGGACGCGGCUGGCCAUAUCGGACCCGAUGAGCUCGGCCGUCUUCUUCCACCGGGAGAUGACGCUCUUCUUCGAGCACUACAUCAAAGUCGGGGAGGACGAGGCGCUCUCCACAUCCACGGGCUCCUCUGGCUGGGGCAAUGCUGGCCUCGGCGAGGCGCUCGCCGGCCCCGAUACGGAGGAGCAGGCGGCGUACCGGGAUCGCAUCGUCCGCUACGUAGACAGCGUCUUCUCCGAGGAGCUAGACGCGGAAGGUUACUGCGCCGUGCAAGCGGAGCGGUCGGCAACGGCGGACAUAUCGUCGCGGCUCGACGACGUCGCGCGCUUCACGGACACCUUCGACGAGGAGGCCAACUUCUGCGCCGGCGCGACGCAGAUCCACACGCAUAGCGCGACCUGCGUAAAAUACUCGCUCGGCGCGGGGGCGCGGAAGGGGGACCUUUGCCGGUUCAAGGCGCCGUGGAGGCUGGUGGAGAGGACGGCGCUGACGGCGGACGGGGUGCUCGAGAUCCGGCGGACGCAUAGCAUGGUGAACCGGUGGAACCGGGCGAUGGCAGUAGGGCUACGGCACAACCACGACAUCUCGUUCAUCGCGACGCAGCGCAAGACCAUGGCCCUAAUCUACUACAUUACCAACUAUGCGACGAAGGUAGAGGACCCCGUGUGGAAGCGUGUGGCCGCCGCGGCCGAGUUCCUCCCCGCGCUAGAGCCGACGGGAGAGGGCAACGGAAGUGGCGCCGACCGCGACGCCGGCCGAUGGGGCGGGGCCGAAGGGGUGGCGACGGCGGCGGACCCCAGGGGGAACAAGACGAGAACGUUCCUGCUCAAGGCGGCGAACCGAGUAUUUACGGAGCGGCCGCUGUCGCAGGUCGAGGUGAUCGCGCACCUCCUAGGGUACCCGGCAGAAUUUAGCAGCAGCUCGGCGUGGGCGUACGUGAACGCGAACCAGCUCUACUGGGCCGUCUUCCGCCGGUGGCGGCACCUCCGACGGGCGAGCGGCGCGGAGGCGACGGGCGACGCGCCGGACGAGACGGCGCUUAGGCGGCCGGGUAGCGGGGCGACCGUAUGCCUCGACGGAUACCUCAGCAAGGAGUUUAGCGAGGGAGACGACGAGUCGUGCCACCGAAGGGCGGCGGCGACAUCGACGACAUCUGGGCGCGGGCGCGGAGUCGCUGGCGCCGAGGUCGCGCGGCUCGCAGACAACGUGCAGCUCCUCCGGCGGUCGGCGGAGGACGCGAAGCGCGACGCCAAGCAGUGGGCCGCCACGGCCGAGGAGGGCGGUACGACGGUGCCGCAGGCCGGCGACGAAGGCAGGGGCGGCCGAGGGGGCGAGGAGGCGUACCGCGCCGGCGGGGCGGGCGACGCGGCCCGGCUCAUCGACGUCGUCCGGAAUGCCGCCGGCGCGGGACAAGUCACGGCGCAGUCAACAGAGCUGCUAGCGAUGACGCAGCAGCUCUGCCGGUUCCAGCAGUCGGCGCUGGGGUCGGCGGCCGAGCUCGCGGCGACGGUAGUGGCGGAGGAGAGGGCAGGCAGGCGGGUGAACCUACCGGGCUCGGAGCUCGGGGCGGCGCUGCCACGGCAAGAAGAGGUGCGGGCCAUCAAGUCGCAGCAGAGGAGCGCGGCGCGGGAGCGGGAGCGAGCCAUCCAGGGCAUCCAGGGCGGCGGGGCGGCGGCGGGCGUCGGGGCCGACCGCGGCGCGGCUCUUCGCGGGGUGAUGGGGGGCUUCGGCGAGGACGACAUGGACGUAACGGCGGCCGACGGCGACGUAGACGCUGGCACGGCGGCGGGGAUGCGCGCCAUCGCUCUCCUAAUCGUAUGCCGGCAGCUCGACCGAAUCCGGCAGCUCGACCGAAUCCGGCAGGGCGACGACGCAGGCGGCGAUGGCGGCGGCCAGCUCUGCCUGUUCAUCGGCGGCGAGGGCGGCACCGGCAAGUCGCGCGUCAUCGAGGCGCUCGUCGAGCUGCUCGCCCGGAGGGACCUAUCGAGCCGGCUGCUGGUGACGGCGACGUCGGGCACGGCGGCAGCACGGAUCAACGGCAUCACACUACACUCGGCCUGCGGCCUUACGGGCGAGCGCUUCGUCGACGGCCGGUCGCGGAUGGACUGGCAGGAGAAGGAGGUGCUGGUGAUCGACGAGGUCAGCAUGCUCGGGGCGCGGACGCUGCACGCCGCCAACGAGCAGCUGUGCAGGCUGCGGGGGUCGGCGCGAGACUUCGGCGGCAUCCCGGUGGUGAUCUUCUGCGGCGACUUCCACCAGUUCCGGCCGGUGCAGGAGCGGUCGAUCCUGCUGCCGAGCGCGGCGGUGGCGUGGGACGAGGACGGGGCGUUCGCGGCCGAGCAGCGGCGGCAGCACGACAAGGCGCACGCGCUGUGGCGGCGGUUCACGACGGUCGUCAUGCUGGACGAGCAGAUGCGGGCCGCCGGCGACCCGGAGCUGCGGCGGCUGCUCGGGCGCAUCCGCCGGGGGGAGCAGGACCGGUCGGACCUAGAGCUGCUCAACUCGAGGUGCCACCGGCCGGGCAGGCGGAUCCCGUGGGAGACGGGCCUGACGGUGGUCACGCCGCUCAACCGGAACCGCUGGAACCUCAACCUAGAGGCGGCGCUCGCGUUCCGGGCGCGGCGGCGGACGGCGGCGCGCGUCUUCCUGUCCGAGCACAAGUGGAGGGAGGGCCUGCCGACGGAGGAGGAGGCGUUGCUAAUGCUGGGCCAGGGCGACGAUAGCGCGACGCCGGUCCCGGCCGUCUUCGUCUUCGUGCCCGGCAUGCCGGUCGUCGUGAACCAGAACACGCACCAGGGGCUGAAGCUAGUGAACGGCGCCGGGUACACGGCGGUAGACGUCAUCCCCGACCGGGCCUUCCCCGGCCACCGGGUCUCGGCCGAGCUGACGAUGCACUUCGGGCCGCCGGCGGGCAUCGUGCUGGCUUCGGAGACGACGAGGGACUUCCACUUCGUCGGGAUGCCGGCCGGGACGAUCCUGCUGACGCCCAUCGGCGUCAAGAUCACGGCGCAGCGGAAGCGGCCGUGGCAGCGCAACGACGUCAGCCGGAGGGGCCUGCCGUGCGCGGCGGCCUUCGCCUGCACCGACUACAAGGUGCAGGGCGGGACGCUGGAGCGCGUGGCGCUGGAGCUGCGGGGGGCGAGGAUGACGACGGUCGAGGGGAGGGCGGUGCCGUCGCCGUGCGACCCGUACAGCCUGUACGUGCAGCUGUCGCGGUGCCCGACGCUCGACGGCAUCAUGCUCGUAUCGGAGGUGCGGGAGCGGGAUCUAGUCGGGAACCGGGUGCCCGAGGAGAUGACGGCAGCGCAGGCCCGGCUAGAGGAGCUUAGCAGGCAGACGACGCAGGAGGCGGCCGACUGGCUCCGCGGGUAA